AUGCAGGGCUCGCACGGGAAACGAUAUUACGAAAUACCGAGCAGACCUCCGCCACCUCUACCACAAGCUGUAAGCCUCCAGAUUUAUCCACGUGUGGCCGAAUUCAUUCCGUUCUUUGGUGGUGCAACAAAGCAUGUGCUCACCAACGACGGAUUCAAACGUCUGGUCAUCAAAAUCAAAUGCAGCAAUAACUCCUUGUACAAAGUUUGGCCGGUAUACUCAUUUCUAGAUCCGGGUACUUCGCAAGAUCUCGAGGUAGCGCAUUAUUUUUUUCCAAAGUUUUUCCGUCUGGAAGGUAUAUAA